AUGUUAAAAUUAUUUUACUUACACUGUUUUUUCUCUAUAAUAUUUUGCUAUGACAUUUGCCGUUGGCCACCGUAUUCUACAUGGUGUAGUGAAGUUGACGAUAAUAAAGUAUUUGGUAUACCGGUAAUUGUGUGUCAAAUUGAUUUGAAAAUCAGAGAAUAUCGUAAUAAAGAACAAUGUCAAACUUCGUGUAGCAAUUCUAAACCAAUUGUAUUACAAUGUUCAACAAUUGAGUUAAUAUAUUUUCCAGAAUAUUUAAAUCAAAUUUUGUGUAAAGGACAAAAGUAUUUGAUCGAAGUUAAAUCAGUUAAUAGUGAUCGAUUAGAUAUUAAUUUUAAUUUUUAUCAAGCAUUUUCAAAAUACAUGAUAUUUGAACCACAAUUGAAGAUCUAUAUUGAUCUCCCACUAAAAUCAAUAGACAUUGUAGUAUCACCAAAGUUUAUUCAAUAUUGUUUUCAAUGUCAGUCUCUACAAAUUGAAAUUAUUUAUGAUCCUCUACAAAUAACACAGACGGAUGAUGAUUUAUCAUCUUGUAUGAAAUAUACAUUUGUUGAAAAGACAUUUCACACACAAAGAGAUUUCAGCUGUUCAUCACAUGAUGGCUAUUUGACAUGUGGAAAGGAUUACCCGUGUAUUGGUCAACGUAAUAAAUGUUAUCAUGUGAGUCAAGCAAGUAUAUUUUGUCCGGUAACACAUCAAUUAUUGUCGAGUGAUCAAUUUAUCUGGGAAAAUAAAAAUCUAGGUAAAAUGAAUGUUGGCGAUCAACUAUUUUCAGUACAGGUUGGGAAAAUAUUAAAAAUUAUUUUGUUGACCGGACAUCUUAAUCUACAAAAUAAUUAUUUUCAAUUUGACGAGAUUAUCGUGAAUUACGGACACUGUGGUUCAUAUCAAAUAGAGAUGACAGAAAAUAAUCAUCGACUAAAUAAAUUUAUGAAUUUUGUUGAUUUUUACUACAAUAAUAAUAUAAGCACGCAACUACCAUCGACAAAUUGUUCAAAAAUAGAAAAUAUAACUGACACUGAUAAAAUAUCAACGGUUAUGAGUAGCACAUUGACAAAUGGUGUAGUGUUCAUUUACGAUACAAUCACCGCAUCAUCAUCAUACGAAGAUGAGAAUGAAAAACAAUUAGCACCAUCAUCGAAUAAAACAAUUGAGAAAACAGGAACAAGCGAACUUGGUCAAAAAACUAUCGAUAGAAUGAUGGAUGAACAUGAAACAUUGUCGAAAAAGAUUCGUUUAUCAAGUGGAAAUGCUGGUGAAUUAUUUUUAAGUCGUUUAUCUGAUGUUUAUAUAUGUAAACCUGGUGAUAAUGUGUUGAUUGAAUGUUAUGUACGCGUUGGACGUGUUAAAACUGUUCACUGGUAUGCAAAAGGUGAUCCAGUAGAAACACGUGGUGUUCGUCUAUGGCAUCGUUAUAAUCCACAAACAGGUCAAUGUACGUUUUAUUUACGAACAGUAUUAUAUAGUGAUGCUGGUCUAUAUUGUUGUGAAGCAACAAGUAUUGAUAAUAUUAUUGAAACAAUGGAACUUACAUUAAAAAUUGAUAAUUCCGAUACAGCUUGGACAAAAGUCCCGGUAUUACAUAUGGCUGGAAGAGUCAUUUCGGGCGGUAAAUUAAUUAUGAUAUAUCUUAAUUUCUAUUCAUCGUUUGUAUAUAAAUAUAAUUUAUAA